UUACUCCCUAUGAUCCAUUUCCUGAUACACCUGUUUGUCAGGUAGGCUACAUUAGGCUCGCCAGCACGCAGUGAGCAGGCGCAACGGAGACACUGAGUCAUGACAAGAUAGAUAAUGGACGGAAUUUUUUCGAGGGUUUGACGCAACUUGGCCUUUUUUUUUCAUCGUCAUGCGAGUGAACCCGUUUUCACAUAUUAAAAUGCAUCGACCUCGCCAAGGGAAUACCGCUCUGAACGUAGUUUUGCUGCUGUAUUUGGUCGGGUUUUUCGCCCCUUCCCUAGUCUCCUCCAUCUCAGUGAGUACACCAGCAGAGCUCCAUGCAUCUAAAGGGGAUUCCGUCACAUUGUCCUGCACUUUCAAAUCCACCAGUAGGCCAACCAGUAAGAUGACUGUGGACUGGUCUUAUAGGCCCCAGAGUGGAGGGCCGCCACUGACAUUUUUCCACUUCUCCUCCCGGGCGUUUCUUCCGGUUGAUGGUCAGUUUGCCGGUCGUGUCCAGUGGGAGGGAAUCCCAGCGCGCGGGGAAGCCUCCAUCAUUCUGAUCAACGCUACGUUAAAUGAUAAUGGGACCUACACAUGCUCCGUUAGAAACCCUCCUGAUGUCCACGGCUCUCCAACUUCAUACACUGUACUCACUGUCACACCGAAAGUGGCCAGCAUUCACUUCACCGAUGUUGCGGUCCUCCUCGCUUUUGUCCUCCUCCCCUCCACCAUCAUCACCCUCAUUCUGAUUGCUCGGAUACUGUGUCCCAAGAAGCAGCGCGACCAAUCGAAGGCCUACAGAUCGCCCAUAGAGGUCACAGAGGGAGAGGAGUAUGGCAUCCAUCCAAUUCCCAAAGAAAAGAAGGCCUCAUGCUGUGACCUAUAUAUGAUGGACUCGGAGGAUGAAGAACACUAUUACGAACAAAAAAAGAGGCCUCCUACGGAUGAAGGCUAUGCUGAGUCUCAGUGCUAGAGACCCCUUGCAGGGUGGAAGAUGUUACUGUAACAUCUAAACGUUCUGGUGCCUUGCAUAUGGGAAAUACUGAAAAGAUGCUGGAUUUCUUUUGCCACGGUUAAACCCUUACCCAGUUUGGUGACUUUUUGUGCUGACCCCUUUGGAAUAAUACUUGUAUUUUUGUCUUAAUGUUGUGUGUCCAGCAUUACAUUAAGACUAAAGAUGAUGCCACUAAUUUGAUUUACCUGUUUCCUACAGGUUUCUAAAUUUACAAGGCCAUGCCAGAGGUCUUACUUCCUCAUUUUUAGGGCUUGUAGUCUUGAUGAUAUCUUAUUUGUUUAUUAUAGCAAUACCGACUGACCCUGUCUAUGCAAACACAAACACAAACACACAGGGGAUCACUAUUUGUAUAUCUUUAAUAUUAGUCACUUUCUUAUUGUGAAGAAGAUAGAUGCAUUAUUUUUGUAAUUUAUUGUCCGUGUCUGAGCAGCUGCAUGAAAUCUGUCAAUAUCUUUGUUGAGCUUUUGUGGAACAUUUCUGUCAUAGCUUUAAUAUUCGGACAUAAAAUAAAUCGUUUGAUUUGUGUAAACAACCACCUAAUAAUAUUUAUGCAGUAUAUUGUGUAUACAGUAUAUUUUCUAUAUUGUCAGUUUACAUUACUGUCAAAUAUUAUUAUUUCAACAUCAGCAGUUAAUGUGUGUGUCAUUGUACUGCUCGGCAUAUUUUACAGGACGUCCUAGAGUGGAUGUGGUCUUUAAUGGAUGUGGUCACUUCCUGUGAUGUAACAGUCUUUGUUUUGGAUGCACCGCUUUGCUUCGUUUAUUCAUUUUUUUGCAACAGUUUUUGCUUAAAUAAAUAUUUCAGGAGCUGG